AUGCCUGACGUAGAUCCUUUCAGGGAGGGAAUAAUUGACAUACAAAAUGAUCAUGCUGCAAAAAUGGAGUUCGAAGUGAAGACUUUGGAAAAUUUUUGGGCAUCACAAAUAACAAGAUUCCCAAACAUUUCCAAGAAAGCACUUACUGUACUUGUUCCCUUCGCAACAACAUAUCUUUGCGAAGUAGGGUUUUCGACUCUUCUUCAUGUGAAAAGCAAGUUUCGAAAUCGCUUCGAAGCUCAGCACGACAUGCGCAUCGCUCUCAGCAAAAUGGAACCACGUAUUCCAGACGUAAUUGCGAAGAAACAAGAACAAAUGUCACAUUAA